AGGAGGCGUGUCUGUGCAAUAGAGAGGGGGAAUGGGGGAUGCACGGAGGUUUGUUGUGUGGCCCUUGGUCGGUCUGGAGGGGAGGGAGUUAAUUGGAGUCUUGCUUUGUUGUUUAUAUCGCAGCAGGAUACAGCGAUUGGCUUUUUUUAGUUUUUCUUUCUGCGGUUCCUGGCUCAGCUGACCUGCAGAUGGUGGUUUGUUUGCAUCGCUGCUCCUGCAAAGGCUCCUUUCCCACCGCAGCCGGGAUUGUCUCCACGUGGAAUAACUACUCUGGAACGACUGCUUUGGAUUAGCUACUCCAUGUGUGAACACUUGGCCGUCACGUUCAAGAAUCUACUUUCAAGGGAAGGCAAGCCCUUCCUCCCUGCACCCUGCUCCCAAGGAAGCCACUCCUGGGCUCACUUUACUGCUUUCUUCCUUGCCUCUCCUCUGUACAAUUCGGUCCAGUAGCUGCCAAAGGCAGAGGAUCUGGCGCUGGGAUCUCUGAAGUUGAUUGCUGGCUCCAAAUUGGACCCAAUUGCAGCUAGAGAGGAACUGGUCAGAGCCCAGGGCCUGUACCCCAGCGUUCAUCUGUCUUGGUGAGAGAAGAGAGGUGACAAAAGGUGUGGGUCCCAUGGAUUCGGAGCUGUCACCCAAUGGAAGACAAGGUGAUCUGCCUAACAGCAAACUCCAGAGAGCUGUCGGGUGGAAAGCGCCGCUGACCGUCAGCGUGGUAGUCCUAGUCAUGAUUGUUGCUGUUGCUCUGAUACUUUUGCACGUGAAAUCUCCACCCGAAUCCAACCUGCCUCAUGUCUCCACCCCAGUCCGUCUAAAUGUAAGAUUCCCUGCUCCCUGCUGCCUGGAUGGCUGGGUCGGGUACAGAGGGAAAUGCUACUAUUUCUCUGAGGCCGAGGGGACCUGGGACUCCAGUCAGAGCUUCUGUUCUUCACUCAAUGCCUCCCUGGCUGAGAUCGACACCGAGAAAGACCUGAAGUUCAUUAUGCGAUAUAAAGGCGUCUCUGAGUUUUGGAUUGGCCUGAAGCGAGAAUCGGCACAGCUCUGGGGAUGGGUGAAUGGCGAACAGUUCAACAACCUGUUUACGGUAAGAGGAGAAGGUGACUGUGCGUACCUGAGCGACGGCUUUGCCACGUCGUCAUGGUGCUCCACGAAGCGCUACUGGGUCUGCAGCAAACCCGAUGGGAUGCAAAGGGAAGACACGAUGCCGGGGGACUGAAGGGCGAAGGCUGGGAAAACACCUCAAGGCCCAGCUGCCUGACACUCCAAACAAACAUCGCUCAAUAAGAUCCUCAAUAGAGCUUGACAGAUUAUUUUUGUUGUUGUAAAUAAGCCUCUUUUCUAACCUGCUCUUUAUUGUGGCCCCUGUAUAACCUCUUUGUCCUGGUUGUGUAACUAAGACCCAGUCUACACUUAAAACUCACUCCUGAAUGCUGUAGCUAGGCCGAUGUCACCCCUAGUGCAGACGCAGCUAAGUUGACCUAGCUACUGUCACUGGGAUGGCAGUGUUCCUACAGUGAUGGGAAACCCCCUUCCCCCACUGUAGGUUGUGUCUGCUCUGGGGUUAUGCCAGCGUAGUCUGCUGCCAUGUCUGCAUACUGUAGACAUGGAUUAAAACCCCUUCCCAGCUCCCCCUGCUGUUGUCUGUCAGGGUGCGUCUACACUGCAAUGGGGGUACGUGAUUAAAGCAAUGAAGGUGCAGUCGUCCAGGUCUUUACCCAGGGUUCCAGCCUGUGUUGCUGUGGCAUCAUUGCUCCAGUACUAGCUCCAUUAAAAUUAGCAUGGUUAUGUCUACAUGAAUGGCCACCAAACCCUGUGAUUGCAAUGUGGACAUACCCUUAGCUCUGCUGUGCUGGCCGAGCAGGAAGGCAGCACUGCUUUGAAGAUAGAUUGAGACAAUCUUAAAUAGCAACAGGCUAAGACAAUCCACAGCAAGCAGGGAUGUGAGGCAGCUGCACACAGCAUCCUCCCGAAGGAAGGAAGCUGCGGCAAGAGACAAGCAGCCAGGCUGUGAGUUUUCUUCGACUGUUGCAGAACCAGGCUCUGUUUGCUCAUGCUGUCUCCCAACCCUGGGCAACAAAGUUGUGAGUUAAGGCUAAUGGGACAGGGAUCUGAACUCACCAAUAGGCCCCUUGUUGAGGCUUCUUGUGAUGCCUCCUGCAUAGGGUCGACUGUGUUGCGUUGUCUCCCAAAAUGUGGUAGCUGCAUCUUUGACGGAAAGUCUCCGUUGUGGAGCAAAGAAGAUAAUUAAGGAGGGCCAGAAAUGAGGCGCAGGUUCCAAUGGAAAUCAAAAUGUCUAUAUGUUUGAGAGUGUUAUGGUCUUGCUGGGCUUAUUGAGACUGUAAAGUGAAGGCCAGGCAUGCGUGCAUGCCAGAAGAAGUUGAUGACUAGCUAGGUGUACUAGCAGAAAAGUCACAGAGGCGCUGGCAUCCUGUGAAGAAGCUGUGGAGCUGCCCAGGAGAGGGGUUUACUUUGUGAGAAGGCAUCGGGUUAGGUACUCUGUACUAGCAAUAAAGAAUUGUGGGUCGCUGUCACCGUUGCAUCCCACCAUAUAAGAAUUUGCUUACAGACUCAUAGGCAGAGCGGAUGCCUUUUAAUCUCAUUGAGUUAUCUUUCAAGGCGAGUUCGAGGCAGAGAAGCCGAGGCAUGUAGAACCCUUUCGAUUGCACUUGACUUUCCCCGUGAUCAAGUUUUUAAUCAGUGAGCAAAACAAACCGCAAAAUCUGAUUCAGAGUAAGCGGGUUGUUUUUCUUGACUUUGCUAAAGAAACUUGUAUAUGGACAAGGAUCAAUGUGUGCAUAAAACUCGAAGACUUAAGAGUCUUUAGAUGCUAGAAGGGUCAUUUGCAAAUGUUGCUUAAGAGUUUAAUUCCCCUUGGACUCACUUGCCAGUUAAGUUACAAGUACUUUUGUAGAGGACAAGAUGCAUAUUUUCCCCUAGUUUGAGGUGGCUGGGUAUUUUCUAGCUGCAUCAUCUAUUCAUUCCAUGGCGGUGGAAUCUAAAUAAUUGAAAUAUAUAAAGUCUCACAACUAACGAAAAAUUAAUCGAGUAAUACCAUGGAGUGUUCACUGUUCACCUAUUUAAUGAUUUGCUGUUUACUUCUUUUGUUUUAUAAAGUUUGCUAUGACUUUGUCAGUCCUAUAAGCUAACAGUCAAAAAAAGAGAACAAAACACUUCGUAUUUUUUUUUUUCUGCUGUAAUUUGCUCAUAGUCAUAGAGUUUAAGGCUAGAAGGAACAUCUUGUUUAAUUCAGUCUGUCUUCUCUUCCCUCAUUCUAACUUAGAGACAACUGAAAAUUUUCUGAUGAAAAGUUUGUCAGAAAACAGGAUUUGUUGAACAUUAACUUUUCUUUUUGCAGAAACUUCAUUUCCAAUGACUUUAUAUUUUAGUUUUCUGAAGGUUUUUUUUUUUCCAAUACAAGCUCAGGGGGAAAGCCCCAGUGGUUUUUAGAAUUUUUGAAAUUGUGCUGUUUUUUUUGUUUCAUCUCUCCACUUUCUGGCUGCCUUCCAAUUUUAGCCACAUGGAAAACUAAGAGCGUUUCAGAAAGUAAUAUGUUAUGUUCAAUGAACAUUUCAAAGUGAAAGUGUUCCUUAAAAAACUACCCUCCUAUCCAGACGCAUACAAACCCUUUCUCACUCACUGUCUCCCAUGCAGAAGAAAUUAGGAAUGAGUAAAAACAUGUAAGUGGAGAAAGAAGUUUUGCCCUUAAAUUGUUCGAUUGGGAUGUUAAAAAUGUUUCUUGGGAUUUUUUUUUCCCUGUAGAAACUUUUGCAGCACAAAAUGCUGCUUUUCCAGCUAGUUCUAGUCUGUAUUGUUGUUGUUGCCUUUUAUGUAUCGGUUUAUUUUUAUUUUUCCCCCUGGCCUAGCACCAUCUGAUGGGCCGGAGUAGACAUUGCAAUGUCUAGGUUUGCUGCAGAGCACUCUAAUCUUCUGCUGCGUAGCUAGAGUGGAGACCUGCGCUGGGAGAAAGGUGAGUCAGAAGCAUAUUGUAUUUGACAUGAGCUGGGUGACUCCUCCACACUAUCCCAGUGGGAAACACCUACUGCAAAGAUUAAAAUGGGGGGAGAAGAUAAUAUACUAAUCAGCGGUACAAACUCAGUACAGGGAUUAUUGUAUAGAUUUAAUGUAUCUAACGCUGUGAUUAUUUGUGCUUGUAAUUAAAAUAAUUAAUCAACA